AUGUGGCACUGGUUGUUCUUGACCGUCAUAUUCUCACCUCUGUUGGUGCUUUUUGUAUUAAGGUUUUACCUCAGGAAGACGCGUUGGUGUACCAGCAAACGCAGAUUGGAUGGCAGAACCGCUGUUAUUACAGGGUCUAGCGGAGGAACAGGCAAGGCCAUCGCACUCGACCUGGCCAAACGUGGCUGCAAGGUAAUUCUUGCCUGCAGGAACCCCAUCAAAGCCCAGGCAGCCGUCAACGAGAUAAGAAAACUUUCUUCAAGCUCGAAUGUGCAUUUCAUGAAGCUCGAUCUUGCCAGUUUACGUUCGGUCAGAUAUUUUGUGAAGGAAUUUGAAAGUUUGGAGGAUAGGUUAGACUUGCUGAUUAAUAAUGCAGGUUACUUAGGCCCGAGGUCAAUAACCGAAGACGGAUUUGAACGCAGCCUAGCGGUUAAUUACUUAGGACAUUUUUUGUUGACGAAUCUCUUAUUACCAAAGUUAAAAGCGUCGGCUCCUAGUAGGAUAAUAAACGUAUCCUCAGACGCUUUCCUUAAAAAUUCCUGCACGCUUGACCUUGAAGAUCCUCAUUACGAGAAGAACCCAGAAAGGUACACUUAUUAUGGCGCGUAUGGACGCAGUAAAUUAGCAGUCAUGCUGUUUACCGCGGAACUAGCGAAGACAUUAGACGGCACCCGAGUGAUCCCCCUGUCAGUGCAUACAGGUCCCGUUAAAUCGGAUCUGUUGCGUUCGUGGCCAGGAUUCGGGGGCUUUUUGCUUCGCCUUGUUGCGUUCCUCUGUUUUCGUUCCACCACUGAGGGCGCCCAAACCCCCUUGCAUGCCGCAUUAUCUGACGGGAUGGACGACUUCACUGGGUGUUUCAUUGUCGAUUGCCAAGUUCAUGAACUACCAGCCCAUGCCAAAGACAAACAGAUGGCUCAAAAGCUGUGGGCGUGGAGUGAAGCGGUGUGCGACAUCAAGGUAGAGAACGGCACGGCUACAUAUGCGUAGUGAGACGCACCGACGGCACUCUGAAUUUCAGGAGACAGUGGAAACUCGUCUCCUACCUGAUAGUAAAGUGGCGAGUUUCCAGUGAUCUCUAAAAAAAAUCGGGUGAUCUUUGUCAAACUUUUUGUAACUAUAAAGAAAGGAGUGACAGAAAGUAACUAAAUCGGAACAAAAUUAUGAGAAUAUUUGUAAACCUGGCUUUGAUCGAACUGAACGAAUUAAAUCGAAUCAACCGAGCCGGUUACUGAUUAUUGAUCCCAUUGAUUAAAACCAAGACGGUGGAAUGUGUAUAAUUAAGAGACUACGUUGAAAUAACUUAUCAGUUUAGUAGAUAUUGACGUUAUCUAGUGGGCACAUUCUGAAUUUAGGAGAAAUUGGCGGCGAUCCUCCUGAUACUUGUUAAUGUGAUUUAGCAUUGAAAAUAUGUGUACUGACUAAUAUAUACAGGCUUUGACAGAUGAAUUACAUGGUGUAAAUGCUUGAGUCAAUGAAAAAUCUGUAUGCAGUCCUUUACAUGACCUACCAAAAUAUCAAGUUCAACGCUAAUGUUAAGUACUACAUGUGCAAGUGCUAUUUAGAAGAUGUACUCUGCGAUUUAGGAAUGUGGCCAGAUUUUUUUAGUCACACGUUUUUAGUGUAUUUGCACGGUUUGAGAAAAGCCUCGUCUGCCCCUGCGGUCAUGUAUUCAGUAAUGUGUUGCAUUA